UAACAUACAUACAUCAAAGUGUUCUUCAAUUUCUUACAUUCGUAGCAUUAUUUCUGUUUUUUCGAUCACGUUAAUGAGUCAUAACGGGGCGGUUAAACUGUCCGGGACGCUGCUAAGGCAGCUCCGACCGCGGAUUUUCUCCGUCUCAUCGUCGUACGGGAUUCGGCACUGGAGCACGGCGGCGUCGCCUCCGGCAAGCGAAGAGAAGAAAGCACCACAAGCGGCGGGUGAGGGAAAGGUUGUGAUUAGCAGUUACUGGGGGGUGACUCCAGCUAGGGUUUCUAAGGCAGAUGGAUCUCCAUGGAGGUGGAAUUGCUUUAGGCCAUGGGAGACGUACACGGCAGAUGUUUCAAUAGAUGUGAAGAAGCACCAUGUAGCUUCCACUUUCAUGGACAAAUUUGCUUAUUGGACAGUCCAAACUCUCAAGUACCCGACCUACCUCUUCUUCCAGAGACGACACAUGUGCCACGCACUGUUGCUGGAGACGGUGGCGGCGGUGCCGGGGAUGGUGGGCGGAAUGCUGCUGCACUGCAAGUCGCUGCGGCGGUUCGAGCAGAGCGGUGGGUGGAUCAAAGCCCUCCUGGAAGAAGCGGAGAACGAGCGGAUGCACCUCAUGACAUUCAUCGAACUAUCUAAGCCCCAAUGGUACGAACGCGCCCUCGUCUUCGCCGUUCAGGGCCUCUUCUUCAACGCCUAUUUCUUCACCUACUUGGCCUCCCCCAAACUCGCCCACCGCAUCACCGGAUACCUCGAAGAGGAGGCCGUCAACUCCUACACUGAGUUUCUCAACGACAUAGAAAAUGGGAAGUUCGAAAACUCGCCGGCGCCGGCGAUCGCCAUUGAUUAUUGGAGGUUGCCGCCGGAUGCUAGGCUCAAAGACGUCAUCACUGUGAUUAGGGCAGAUGAAGCGCAUCACCGUGACCUUAAUCACUUUGCCUCGGAUAUACAAUGCCAAGGGCAUGAGCUGAAGGAGUACCCUGCUCCAAUUGGGUAUCAUUAGAUUAACCUUCGGAAAGGGUUAUUUAAUUUACUCUAAAACAUAAUUAAAUUAUUAAAAUGUUGUCUGUCUCGUAUGCCAUUCAUUGUAAAUAAACUACUGUCUUAUUCACUUAUUUUCUUUAAUAUUA